AUAUUAAGAAUUAUACCAAAUUGAAAAGAUAUGAAUGAGUAUCCUAAAAAAAGAAAAAGGAAGACUUUACACCCUUCUCGUUAUUCAGGUUAGUGUAUAGGUUAAUUAAUUUAAAGAUUCCUCUGGAAUAAGCAGAAUUGCAGAUGGAUUCAAUGGGAUUUUUUCUGAUCAUUGUUACAGUGUCUGCUCUAUGAGACAGCCAGACUUAAAAUAUUUUGACAACAAAGAUGAUGAUUCUGAUACCGAGACAUCAAAUGACUUGCCAAAAUUUGCAGAUGGAAUCAAGGCCAGAAACAGAAAUCAGAACUAUCUGGUUCCCAGUCCUGUGCUUAGAAUUAUAGACCACACUGCCUUUUCUGCAGAAAAAUCUGCUGAUGUAGAAAUUUGUGAUGAAGAGUGUGAUUCACCCGAAUCAAUCAACCAGCAAACUCAAGAGGAGAGUCCUAUAGAAGUUCACACCGCUGAAGAUGUCCCCAUUGCUGUAGAAGUGCAUGCCAUUUCUGAGGAUUAUGACAUAGAGACAGAAAACAAUUCCUCUGAGAGCCUCCAAGACCAAACUGAUGAAGAACCACCAGCUAAGCUUUGUAAAAUUCUUGACAAGAGCCAAGCUUUGAAUGUGACUGCUCAGCAGAAAUGGCCUUUACUGAGAGCUAAUAGCAGUGGCCUCUAUAAAUGUGAACUUUGUGAAUUCAAUAGUAAAUAUUUUUCUGAUUUAAAACAGCAUAUGAUCCUGAAGCAUAAACGUACCGAUUCAAAUGUGUGUCGAGUAUGUAAGGAAAGCUUCUCUACCAAUAUGCUUCUGAUUGAACAUGCCAAACUACACGAAGAAGAUCCCUACAUUUGUAAAUACUGCGAUUACAGGACAGUAAUUUUUGAGAACCUCAGCCAGCACAUUGCAGACACCCACUUUAGUGAUCACCUGUAUUGGUGUGAGCAGUGUGACGUGCAGUUCUCCUCAAGCAGCGAACUCUACCUGCAUUUCCAGGAGCACAGCUGUGAUGAACAGUACUUGUGUCAGUUCUGUGAACAUGAAACAAAUGAUCCAGAAGACUUGCAUAGCCAUGUUGUAAAUGAGCAUGCGUGUAAAUUAAUAGAACUAAGCGAUAAGUAUAACAAUGGAGAACACGGACAAUACAGCCUCUUAAGCAAAAUUACCUUUGACAAAUGUAAGAACUUCUUUGUGUGUCAAGUAUGUGGUUUUCGGAGUAGACUUCAUACAAAUGUUAACAGGCAUGUUGCUAUUGAACAUACUAAAAUAUUUCCUCAUGUUUGUGAUGACUGUGGGAAAGGCUUUUCAAGUAUGCUAGAAUAUUGCAAGCAUUUAAAUUCACAUCUAUCUGAAGGGAUUUAUUUAUGUCAAUAUUGCGAAUAUUCAACAGGACAGAUUGAAGAUCUUAAAAUUCAUCUAGAUUUCAAGCAUUCGGCUGACUUGCCUCAUAAAUGUAGUGACUGCUUGAUGAGGUUUGGAAAUGAAAGGGAAUUAAUAAGUCACCUUCCAGUCCAUGAAACAACUUGAUUAUUCUCUUUAUUUUGAUUUACAUAAUGUUUUUGUGAAAUAAUAAAUUCAACCUUUUUUUUUUUUGAGAUGUUAAAAUGGGUAAUUUUAAAAACAUGAGAUUUGCCUUUUAACAAGUAACAUUUUCCAGUAUGUAAUUAUACCUUAAUUGUGGUAUUCAAUUGCAUGGUAGUAUAUAGUUUUAAUCAUUCUUGGUGACUGUAAUUUGGUGUCUUGCAUGUGGUUCAAUUUUAUGAAUUGAGAAGAAACAUGUACUGAAAAAACUAUCUACAGUUUUCCUUCCUUAACCAUGGUGCUAUUAACCUUUUUAAACGCAAGAUAGGCUUAGUUUUUUAGUGUAUGAAGUUAUUAAAUUACUGCACUACCAGAACUAAAAGAACAUAAAAUACAUUUAAGUUCAUUCACACUCCAUUAAUAAGACCACCCCCCCUUUUUGUAAUCCCCAUCAGGAAUUAACCCCUAAGCAAUCAGUAGACUCUGUGAUUAAUAACAGUAGGAAGUCUUCGUUAUAGUAGGGGAAAAUGCCAUUUUGGGGGGCAGUUUUUCAUUUUUUAAAUCCCCUAUCUGUUUAAUAAUUUUGAGAUUGGGGAGAUGGUAAAGCAAUAGACAAAAAGGUAACCAUUUCAUAACUGAUUGACAUUUUAUCUUCAAUUAUAGGACUAUGAAGAUAUGCCCAACUUCUUUUUUUUUUUUGGUACCAGAAAUUUAACCCCCAGGACACUUAACCACUGAGCCACAUCUCCAUAACUUUUUUAUUUAUCUAGAGACAGGGUCUCACUUAGUUCCUAAGGCUCACUUUGAAUUUGGGCUUUUAACUUGGGAUCCUUCUGCCUCAGCCUCCCAAGCCACUGGGAUUACAAGUGUGGGCCACUACCCCUGGCUAAUGCCCAAACUUCUGAUACCAAAUUAUACAUUGAGAAAACUCAUUAAAUUAGGAAGAUCUGGGUGAUAAGGAGUUGCUGGCAUGAUAAUGAUAAAUUAGCUUUAUUAUUUUUAUUAAUUGACUAUAGCUACCAUAACAAAUUAUUACAAACUGGGUUGCCUAAAUAGCAGAAAUUUAUUGAAAUUCUGAAGGGCAGAAGUUAAUAAAGGGAUUGGCACAGUUUGUUCCUUCUGUAACCUGUGAGGGAAGAAUCUGUUCCAGAUCUCUCUCUCUGGCUUAUACAUGGUCAUAUUCAUGUUCAUAGGGUAUUCUCUUUGUAUUAAGUCUUGUUUCCACAUUUCCUCUUUAUAGACAUACCAGUCAUCCUGUAUUUUAGGGGCUAUACUACUAGCUUCAUUUUAAUUUGAUAAACAUUCAAAUAAGGGCUGGGUAUGGUGGCGCAUAGCUGUAACCCCAGCAGCUCAGGAGGCAGGUGCUAGGCAACUCAGAUUGUCUCUAAAUAAAAUACAAAAUAGGGUUGGGGAUGUGACUCAGUGGUCUAGUACCCCUGAGUUCAAUCCCCAGGGACCAGGAAAAAAAAAAAAAGAUUCAAAUAAGGCCUGAAGUACUGAGGACUUCUAACAUGAAUUUGGGGAAACAAUCACAGAUCAAUAAAUAGCUUCUAAAAUAAUAUCAAGAUAGAAUUUUUUUUUUAGAGAAUUUUUUUAGUUUUUGGCGGACACAACAUCAUUGUUUGUAUGUGGUGCUCAGGAUUGAACCCGGGCCGCACGCAUCCCAGGCGAGCGCACUACCGCUUGAGCCACAUCCCCAGCCCUUCAAGACAGAAUUUUAAAAUAUGUUUUUAUUAGUGCAUUGUAAUUAUACAUACUAGUAGGGUUUAUUGUGACAUUUAUACAUGCACAUAAUUUUCUCCAUUUCCUAGUACAUUCCUUUAUCCAUACAUUCUUUCCCCUCCUUCCUUCCCUAGUCCUCUUACUCUAUUUUAAUGAUCUAAGAAGAUAGAAUUGUACAUUUUUUUUUCCUUUUUUCAGUACUGGGAAUUGAAUCCAGGGGCAUUCUACAUUGAGCUACAUCUGCAGGCCUUUUUAUUUUUUGAGACAGGGUCUGGCUAAAUUGCUAUAGCUGGACUCAAACUUGUGAUAGUUCUGCAUUAGCCUCCUGAGUCGCUGAGAUUAAAUAAAUGUAUGCCUCCAUGCCUGAUGUUGCUUUCAAAUUUAAUAAGCAUUGCUGCAAACAUUAUUAUUUCCCAGAUAUAUUGAUACAGUUGAAAAGACCAAUUUACAACCCCGGAAUUUGGUCUUAUUUUGAGAUGGGUGGCUACAACAAAUAUUCUCAAAUCCAUCCCAUCAUAUUGCUGGUCUUAGUGUUUAUUCCAUAAUCCCAGCCCCUGGAGGAUUGUAAAUUCAAGGCCAGCCUGGACAAUUUACCAAGAUGUGGUCUCAAUAAUAAACCUUAUUUCUGUUUUUGUCAUAUAAGCAUACUUGCAUUCCUAAAAACAUUCCAUCUGAUUAUAAUAUUCCUGGUAAGACUGUGCUGAUACAAAUGUUUCUCAGAAGACCUAAUAUUUUAGCACUUUAAUUUUUUAUUUAUUUAUUUAUUUUUUGGUACUAGGGAUUGAACCCAGACAUGUAUUGCUACUGAGCUGCAUCCCCAGCACUUUAUUUAUAUUUUGAGAUGGGUCUCACUGAAUUGUUAAGGGUCUUAUUAAAUUGCCAGGCUGGCCUCAUACCUGUGAUAUUCCUGUCUCAGCCUCCCAGAUUGCUGGUAUUACAGGUGAGUGCCACAACACCCACCUACAGUUUGCUACAGGUUCAGGUUGUUAUGAGGCCAAGAGCACAUACCCACUUGCAGGAGUGGAAUCCUAGUCAUUUGGCUUACAGCUUAGUGAUGUCUCCAUUACACCAUGUUAGGUAAAUCUAAUUUUUGUCCUUGGGUUGUUUUGCAUGAAUACUUCACCUAGUCAUUCACCUAACUUAUUGAUAAUUGUUUUUUAUACUUUCUGAUACACAUCUAGCUUUGGGAAUUUUAAUUUUAGGAAGCAAACCUUAAUGCCUUGGUGUUAAAAAAAAAAAUAGUAUGUUGGUGCAGGCAUGUAUUCCCCACUAUGAGGGAGGCUGAGGCAGAAGGAUCACAUCUUACUGUCUCAAAGUAAAAUUAAAAAAUUUGGGAUGUAGCUCAGUGCUAGAGUACUUUCCUAGCGCUUUUCCUAGCACUGAAAAGAAAUCUGUACUUUAUUGCUUCACUCUUGAUUAGGUAUUAGUAGCAAAUGAAAGAGUUACAAUGAAACUACUCAAGAGGCAUAAAUCCAUAUCAUGCUGAGUGUGGUGGUGUGCACCUAUAAUCCUAGCGGCUCAGGAAACUGAGGCAGGAAGAUCUUGAGUUCAAAGCCAACCUCAGCAAUGAUGAGGUGCUAAUAAGCAGCUCAGUGAGACCCUGUCUCUAAAUAAAAUACAAAAUAGGGCUAGGGAUGUGGCUCAGUGGUCCAAUGCCUCUUGAGUUCAACCCCUGGUUCCAAAACCCAAAACCAUAUCGUUUCCUACUUUUAUUUUUGGUACCAGGGACUGAAAUAAGGGACAUUUAAUCCUGAACCAUAUCUCCAACCCUUUUUGUUCGUUUGUUGUUUUGGAGACAUUGGUCCUAGGUAAUGUAGUGAGAAGUUAAGUUCUCGCUGAGUUGCUGAGGCUGGCUUGAAACUUAAGAUCCUCCUGAGUCACUGGGAUUACAGGUGUACACCACUGAGCCUGGUUUAUAAUUUCCCACUUUUUGAUAAAUCUACAGCAUGAGGUCAUAUUCCCACUGAGUUUGUCCAAUAAAAACAGUUUUCAAAUAAGA